UUAAUCUGUGCUGUGCUGUAUUGUGGUGAACAUUUUGAUUUUGCGUACAUUUGUAUUUUAUUUCUAUUCGCCUAUAAUUGUUAGAGAUGAAAUCUAAAAAACGCCAUUAUUCUUCAUCAGAAGAUUCUGAUGAAUCAAAUGCUAGUGAUAAAUCUAGUAGUUCCUCAGAUAGCGAAAGUGAAGACUCCUCCGUAUCGGAGCACCGCGGCAAGAAGAAAAGAAAACGUGCCGACUCUUCAGACUCUGAUAGUAAUUCGGAUAAUCAAAAACGAUCAAAAAAACGGAAACAUAAGAAAAAGAAGAAGAAGCACGGAAAGAAAAAGAAGCGUUCAGAUUCUGCAGAUCGUGGUAACGUUGAAAGUAUAUCGUCUUUGAGUGAGGGAGAAAUAACAUCCAAAAAGAAAAGAAAACAAAAGCAUAAACAUUCAAAGCGGGCAGAGUCUUCACAAAGUGAAGAAGAUAAGCAAGAACAGCGCUUGCACAGUGUUGUUAAGGAAUGUAGACAAUCAUCCGAUGAAGGAAACCAACCUUCUCGCACAUACUAUCAAAAGGACUAUCCAAUGAGGGUUCCAGCAUCAACUGACAACUAUGAAAGACAAUGUGAAGUGCAGCGAUUCUACAGAGGCUCUAGUAAAGAACCACAAUCAUCUUAUCAAGAGUCAUAUGGUUAUGACAGAGGUCAUAAUGAAAGAGUAUAUGAUAAAAGCAGAGAAAGAUUCAGCCACAAUUCACAAUAUCCACCUAAUGCUGAAUAUAACAGAAGACCUAAGGAAUUUGAUGAAUAUAAAAGGAAUCCAAGAUAUGAAGAUCACAGACCUGAAGAAGAGUUCCCCAGACGACCCAGGGAAGAACCUUAUCAAGCAAGAGAAGAUUCAAGAGGAUACAACCGUUACAAUAAUCAUCAUUAUGACCAUAGAGGAGGUCCCAAACAACGGGAAGUGCAUGAAGUCAGGGAUUAUCGCGAAAGACGAGGUCCACCUGACAUGGAGAGAUAUCGUGAAAAAGAAUACAUGGAAAAGAAAGAGAAAUACCGUGAAGAGAGAUAUCCAGGCGAUAGGAAUCGAGAGUUCCGUCGUGAGCGGCCGCCGAGGGUUGAGAAACCAUCGUCGCCGCAUCACACAGAGCAUUCCAAAUCACGUAGUCAAGAACGCUACCGAGAGAAGAACAUAAAGGUGGAGAAUAGAGAAGAUAGAGAGGGAGGUAGAGAGGGGAGAGCAGCGAAGGAUAGAGUGGAGAAGAGAGAGAGUUCGCGCGGCGGGGAGGAGCGCAGGGAGCGUCCGCGCCCCACUGAGAACGACUCCCGCCAGAGAGACCGGAAGACCAGAUUUGCUGAUGCAGAUGACAAGAAGGAGUACGGUUGGGGGAAAACAGAAGUGAAGAAAGAAGGUCAACCUGAAGGAGAAAAGGAGAAACCUAACUUUGGUCUGUCCGGCAAGCUGACUGCCGACGCCAACACCGUUAAUGGCGUGGUUAUAAAGUACGCCGAGCCUGAUGAUGCUAAACAACCUAAACGUAGAUGGAGAUUCUAUCCGUUCAAGGGCGACAAGGCGCUGCCGAUCCUGUACAUCCACCGGCAGUCGUGCUUCCUGAUCGGGAUUUACUACUGUAUGCAAUGCGACAAUGAAAAUGUGUCCAUUCCCACAGAGUCUGCGAACGGAACAUUCGUGAACAACAAGAAGAUCGAGGCUCGUCGUUACGUGGAGCUGCUGGAGCGGGACGUGGUGAAGUUCGGCUUCUCCCAGCGCGAGUACGUGCUGCUGCACGAGAACAGCAAGGAUGAUGCGCAGGAUGACGACAACCAGGAACUGCCCGCCACCACCGACCACAUCAAACAAGAGAAGAGGAUCAAGGAGGAGGUGGCCGCUGAUGGCGAAUAAGUGACCAGCUAUAGACAAUACUAGAGUUUCUGUAGACAGAAAACUAAUUACUCUCACAAAGGGGAUUUUUAUGUACAAUUGGGGGAAUUCGCGGUAUCCCACUUACAGAUAAUUGGCCCAUUCAUAACAUCAAUACUUUUAUAAUUGAUAUUUUAGGCACAAACACAUUGGAUGUUUUGUUAUGUUUUUAGUUUUCCGUUUCCUUAAUGUGUAGAAAUAUAAUCACUAACUUUCAAGUUGGAAUACCGCUUAUUUCCGCGACUGUACUUCCUCGGUUUAUUAGAGGUCAAAUCGGCAAUACUUUAAUGUUGAUGUCUAUUUGAGCAGCGGAUCUUAUUUUAACGAUAUAUGACACUAGAAAUGUAGAAUUAUAUGACUUUCCAGUAUGGAAAUCUAUAUCACUCGGUUUCCCAAAGUAGUGUCAAAAUCACUAUCAAUACUAAUUAUUUAGUUAAAGAAUGUGGAAGGAUAGACUUUAUUAGUAAAGUUUAAGAAACCGAGAUUUUUUAUAGGAUGUACUAGUACUUGUGUAAUUAGUACAUAAUUUAAUACUAAAGCUGAAAGACUCGAAAUUAAAUUGUAUCCAGAAUUGAGUUUUUAUUUAAAAUUAAAAAUGUUAUUCCAUAUCGUAUCAGUAUAUCGUGAAAGGCUAUUUGUUUUAAGCGCCAUUAGGUUGAAUGUUCAAGAGAGCGGUUUUCAUUUGAAGAAAAAAAAAACAUAAAAGCAAAUCCUGUAAAUUAUUUCAAUUGAAAGAUUUUCAGACCGGUUCUAGGUUA